AUGAAGUACACCGUUUAUGAUCGCCUGCUUAAGCGGGAAUUUGGACAAGAGCGUCGAAAGUACAGCGACAUUCGAUCGAUAUACGGUGAUCGAACUUGGAUAGACCAGCUCGAUAUAGUGAACGAACUAGAAGGCCACAGUGGAUGCGUCAAUGCGCUGAGUUGGUCAACAUCCGGACGCCUUCUUGCGUCAGGCUCAGACGACCACAGAAUAAAUAUCCACUCGUACCACCCCGAGUCCUCGACUUCGCAAUUCAACCUUACUACGUCGAUCCAAACGGGACAUCGGUCCAACAUCUUCUCCGUGAAGUUUAUGCCAUAUUCGAACGACCGCACCAUUGUCAGCGCAACCGACGAUGUGAGGAUAUUCGACAUUGAGCAUUCAGGACAUUCGGCCCUCCGUUCUACUGGAAGAUUGAAUAAUGGUGGCACAAGCUCGACGCGACGUAGAGUGACACUCACCGAAGGGGAUACGAACGCGAAAGCUUUUCGCUGCCACACCGACACGGUGAAGCGGAUCGUCACCGAAGACACACCCUUCUACUUUCUCACAUGCUCAAAUGAUGGCGAGGUGCGGCAAUGGGACAUACGACAACCAUCAAAGACAUACCCGCCUGCGCGAGACACCAUGGUCCCAGUCUGGGCAAGGGAUGGGGAUGCCUCGGACAACAUUCCGCCGCCUCUCAUCUCGUACAGCCGAUACGGCCUAGAUCUUAACACCGUCUCGUGCUCUCCGAGCCAACCGCAUUAUAUCGCACUUGGUGGGGCUCAUCUACACUGCUUCCUGCAUGAUCGACGUAUGCUUGGUCGCGACAUGAACCGCGAACGUGGGUCAAGGCUUUCUUCUCCAAGCAAUUGGAGUGACCAUGACGAUGAGCUACUAGGGAAGGCAACCCAGUGUGUCAAGAAGUUUGCCCCCAAUGGCAAGCAGCGCAUGAGCAGGAACGAUGGUGGACAUAUCACAGCAUGCAAGAUCAGCGAUGCCGAACCGAACGAACUCGUUGUCAGCUGGUCCCAAGAGCACAUAUACAGCUUCGACAUGCUAAGAGCUCCGGAUGCGAGAGAAAAAGUGUCACCGAUCAAGGCUUCAGAUAGCAAGUCUGGCUAUCGAGUAAAGGACGAUAAUAGGAAGAGAAAGCGAACAAAAUCUAGCACCUUAUCUCGGGAAGGUAUUGAGAGGGCAGAAUCAAGACAACGCACAGAGAGUACUGAUGACGACCUGGCACUUCGUGUCACCUUUGGCAAUGGACAGAGUGAAGAUAUCCGCAUCGCACCACCUGCCGAAAACCGCAUGACACAGGAAGAAUUGAAUGACCUGCGCGGGACUGACCAUUACCGUAUUGCAAGCACCUGUGUCAAGAUAGCGAAACGAGUUUUUGACCUUGGAGAACAUGGAGAGGCCGGAUUACAGCUAGCCUUCACUUCCAUCUUGGGAAUGGCUCAUUCGAUACUAGCAGACAUGGACGACAUUGAUCGAACGUGGGGCUAUCCGAUCGACCCAGAUCCUGUGGAUGUUGCACUGCAAAAUAAACUUCGUGAUAGCCGGGCAGCAGCUCGUCGCUUCGUACAGGCCGCUGGAACGUUGGCAAGGGUAUUAGGAGGACAGCUUCUAACCGGAUCCAGCUCUGACGCGUUGAUUGCCCAACACUUUGCUUCAAUACAACCGGCGCCUCGAGAGCGAGAGCUUCCACAGCACGAGCAAUUCGGAUAUGAUUUUCUGAAAGCCAUCUUACUGUGGCUCGACAGCGGGCCAGGUGCAGUAGUGGAAGGGUUCUCGGGGCGAAGCAGUAAUUCUCGUCUGCCCAUUCCACAUGGGUCGGAUAUGGAUGCUAUUCAAGAACGUCUAAUCCCCUACUUGCUCGAACUUGCCAGCGAUAAGAGUAUCGUCAAUGCCGAUGCCUCGAAAUUUGAGACAGAUGACACACGCGUACUCUUCGAUUCGGAGAUCGAAGCAGUGGAUGCUUUCGGUCAGGCUAUAUCAACACCAUUUGCGGAUCUGACCGGUGAGGAGGAGUCGACGCCAGAAGCACCUUCUUCUAACGAGUCUACCCAAACCCGGAGUGCAGCGAAACGGAGGUGGGCAUACUACAUUGGGAGAGGUGUGCUUCUUAAUGCUGCAAAAGAUAUAAAGUUCUCGUUUGUGGAUCGCGCAUACGGCGGUCGCGGGUUGUCAGACAAGAGAAUCAGGGCGGAAGAGCAAGCGCUGAGAGAACAACAGGAAGAUAUCGAUCCUUUGAUAGACGAGGGACUUGUCCGCGAGGCAGAAGUGGUCAGUGCCUCAGCACAAGCUGGUAGUGAUCAAGGAGAGUUGUCUUCGAGCUCUGCUACCGUAAGUGGUUUGAGAACAAUGGCUGCUGGAACAGCUGUCGAAGAUGAGGAAGAGGAAAACGAUGAAGAUGAAGAUGACACUGAUGGCGAUAUGGAGUCUGAAGAAGAGGAUGACUCUGAUGACUCUGAUGACUCUGAUGACUCAGACGAAGAAGGGUUAUCGCGCACACGCAGUGGACAUUUGCUCUGGCGUUCAGACUUUGGCCGAAGCCGGUAUAAGCGAUGGAAAGUGGAGCGCGACGUUCCAUGUAUCCCUCAUACCCGCGUCUACAGAGGCCACUGCAACGUUAAGACUGUUAAGGAUGUCAAUUACUUCGGCCUGCAUGACGAGUAUGUCGUAAGCGGAAGUGAUUCGGGACAUGUGUUCAUCUGGGACCGCAAAACCGCACAUUUGGUCAACAUCCUGGAGGGAGAUGGGGAGGUGGUAAACGUUAUUCAGGGCCACCCCUACGAACCAACAAUGGCAGUUUCCGGCAUCGAUCAUACGAUCAAGAUCUUCUCUCCAGACGCCCAUCUCCAACGCAACGCACGCAAAGGUGUUGGUGUACACUCAUCAGACGCGAGCGUCUUCUCUAGCAUCAAUUGGGAGCGGAGGCGCCGUAAUCGCGCCACUGACACUCCAACCGAUGCGGAUGGUGAAGCAGCAGUCGAAGCCGGUAGCGACAGUGACGACGAGGUUGCACCUGGCGGGCUCAGUAGUCGCAAGAGAAUGCAUCAAGCAUAUCAGAUUACGAGCAAAAACGACAUGGACAGAAAAGGUGGGAGAGACGAUUACUUCAUCAGCCAGGCUGUAUUUGCACAGCUGGCUAGACAUAUCGCAAGGGGUCAGGCAGGCGGUGCUGAGGGCGGUGAUGGAGAGGAAGGAGAAGAUGGCCACCCUAUUGUCAUUACUGAGGAGAACUGCAACAUUAUGUGA